AGACGCGCGCCAGCGGAGCCAUCACCCAUCCCACCCCCACCCCCACCCCCCCGGCUUCGAGCAGUAGAGGCGAGGGACAAGGGGUGGCCCGAGGAGGGACGAGGUGUGCGGGGCGACGACCGGGCCCUAGGGCCGCGCUGCGCGGCCGCCAUGAAACUGACACGGAAGAUGGUCCUAUCCCGGGCCAAGGCCUCGGAGCUGCACAGUGUGCGGAAGCUCAACUGCUGGGGCAGCCGUCUCACGGAUGGGCAGCCAGAAGAAAGGUCCUCAGUCCCGGUGGAAGGUAUCUUAAGGUCCCCUGAGCUGAUGUCCUUAGAAGCAUGUAACAUUUCCAUAUGCCGGGAGAUGCCCAGCCUGGAGGUGAUCACACUCAGUGUCAACAGUGUCUCGACGCUGGAGCCCAUGAGCCGCUGCCGGCGCCUGAGCGAGCUGUACCUGCGGCGGAACCGCAUCCCCAGCCUGGACGAGCUCUUCUACCUCAAGGACCUGCCACACCUCAGGGUGCUGUGGCUGGCCGAGAACCCGUGCUGCAGCCCCAGCCCCCACCUCUACCGCAUGACUGUGCUGCGCAACCUUCCUGGCCUGCAGAAGCUGGACAACCAAGCUGUGACUGAGGAAGAGCUGGCCCGCGCACUGAUGGAGGGAGACGAGAUCACUGCUGCCCCGGGCAGAGAGGGCAUAGGCAAUGGCCACCCGCAGCCACCCUGCACACUGAGCUCCGUCAGCUGCACCGUGGAGACCAGCCAGGACCCGCUGAGCUAUGUCGAGGAGGCAGACAGCACCCAGGGCCAUCUCAGCCUGAAGCCCUCUGCUAAGGACCAGUUUCCUUCCUUCUCACAGAGGGACACUACAAGCAGUCACAAGAACAGGAACGUGCUGACAGCCAUCUUGUUGCUGCUACGGGAGCUGGACGCAGAGGGGCUGCAGACCAUCCAGCAGGCCGUGGGCAGCCGGCUCCAGGCCCCGCACAGGCAGGAGCUGCAGGAGGACACAGAAUGACCGCCCUCCACACACUCCGCCCCCGGACCCCGUCCCCGGAAGCUCACCCACCUGGAAAGUCUUGCUCUGUCCACCACACUAGGUGGGGCGUCAGGCUGGGCAGGCCCGGCUCACAUCAGACUGUCCCAGGACUCGCUCGGUGGUCUCAGGUCUGGAGGCCUCUGGGCCGUGCCCACCAACAAGCCACGUUCCCCUCUCCCUGGAAGUGGCAUCUCCCAGGCGGCAGGUGUGACGUCGACGUCAGAGGUAAGCGCGUCCCAGCAGCCGAGGGAGGAUCUGGAGCGUUCUCCCUUCCAGUUCAGUCCCUGGGCAGGUCCUGGCAUCCAGGGAGACCUGCAGAGUGGCGGCACCCUCGAGAGCCGCCCGAGCACCUCGCAGCACGGGCCCAGGCCGGCUGGGCAGGACGGCCUUUGCUUUCUCUCUCCGACCCUGUGAGAACCCGCAGCAGCAGAGGCAGCAGGCAGUGAGCCAGAGUGGGGCCUGGGGCAGCCUCGUGUCCCCUAAGUCCAAGGAUGCGUUCCACGUGAAAAGAGCCCUGGGGGGGGACAGCCGGCAGUGGCUGGUCUGGAGACAGCCUGCCGUCGUCCCACACGGGCUUGGCCCCGUGAGGCCGCCGUCCUGCACAACCGAGAGCAUGUGGGCCCGUGAGCCGGCGAUGGCACAGCAGCCCCCCGGCCGGGGCUUGCAGGCGUCCUGCCAUCACUUGGAGAUCACGGAGGACUGGACUCGUGGCGGGCCACAGCAGGCAGGGCAUCUGCCACGGGCUACCUCGUACGGUCUUCAGGACAGGGUGACAUCAGGGUGGGAAGCAAGGAGUCACUGUGUUGGGGACAGGUAGGGCGGACAUCGUUGGAUGCUCUCAAUAAAGCCAUCUUUUUUAGAACAAGAGGGUCGUUUC